AUCAAAUUGGUCGUUAGGGUUUUAGCUCUCAAAGUUAAAACCUUUUGAUUCUCUUAAACCGGAGAAGAGAUCAGUACGCCGAUCGGUCAAUUUUGAAUAUAUGGCAAUGGCUAUGAGACUCCGGAGAGCGGCGACGGAAGCUCCUUCGGUUGGAUUGAGGCGUCUGUUCUGUUCGAAUGCCUCAAAGUUUUCAUUCCUUUCUCCACAGGCUGCUAAUUCCGAAACUCCGGCUCGUCCCCAGGCCGAACCCAGCACCAAUCUCUUCGUCUCCGGGCUGAGUAAGCGCACCACUUCUGAAGGGCUUAGGACAGCUUUCGCUCAGUUUGGAGAAAUUGCUGAUGCCAAGGUUGUCACAGACAGAGUCUCGGGAUAUUCAAAAGGAUUUGGAUUUGUUCGUUAUACCACCUUAGAAGAUUCUGCCAAAGGCAUUGCUGGAAUGGAUGGCAAGUUUCUUGACGGUUGGGUCAUCUUCGCAGAGUAUGCAAGACCAAGAGAGCAACCGCGUCCGUAUCAACCUCAGAACAACAUGAAUACUCCUCCUUAUGGUAACCGCUAUUGAAACAAGCCUCUUCAUGGAACCCUUUGGGCAUUUGUUCUUGACGAAUCAUUAUAUUUGUGUUAUGCUUCACUAUGUGUUAUCUACCGUGAUUGAACUGUCUCUUCUCCCUCCGUAGUGUGGAGUUCUGAAAACUUCAAUUUAUAUACUUCGAGUAAUAACCGAAAACUGCCAUUUAUAAGACAA